CCGGAAACAAAUCACUCGUACUGCAGGUACAAAUUCAAAACUAGUGCAUUCUCUCAAAACUUAAAUCUUGCAUUGCCCUCCUUGUGACCUCAGAAACGAUUGUACACGAGAUAUAUUUUCUAAAGUUCGAAACUGUAUGGCACGACGAAAACGAUAUGUGUUGGACUAGGUUCAGAGUGGCGGUAGAAGCAAUUUGUAUUAGAACGAGGGCACAUCACGACUUCUAGUUCUAAAUCUACAUCUAUCUACUCCUGACCCCCUCUCACCCCACCUUCUGCUGUUCGCAUCGUGUCCUCGCUCAACGACCCAAAGAAAUUCCCGUAACAAACCCAGAACAAACAAAUCACUUCACGGUCCUGGAAGUAUCCCCUCCUACCGCGGUUAAUGUGUCUACAAAUCCCUCCGAAAUCCCACACAUCCACAACGCGCGCCGGAUCAGCUGCCCGGAGUACUGAACGUCAAGGAAUUUCUGCACAAGUUGUAGUACUAGUAGUGGACCAAAUUUGUCACUUGCCGCCUGGCAAGUGUUUCUCUGCAUGCGUUUCAGGAAGCCCACAAGCGUGCCGAGCUUCUGCUGUCUCGUUAAAUAUGAUAGUCCAUGCGCAAUGCACUUUGGUGCGUUCGGGUAUGUGUAUACCUGCGUCCUUCCUUGGUCCAGUGCGAAGUAUACUACUUGUCCGAUGAAUUCUACGAAUUGCUCUGUAUACUACUUGUCCGAAUUACUCUCUUACCUGGAAGUGCCUUCUUGAGUUCCACGAGGCUUUCAAUCACAAUAUUGGCAAUGGGAGACUUCGACAGCCAUAUAGAUUCGGAAUAGAUUCCAAAUAGAUUUGAAAUAGAUGGCUUCUGUUUUCCGAAACAGCGUCUGCAGUUCUGCAGCACGCGAUCGAACGGAGAAUAAAAACAGUCACCGAAGUCGCGAGCUGGGCGAAAAAUGAGAACAAUUCUGACCAAAAUUUCCCGGGCCGAUGAGAAGUGGCCACAAGGUGCCUGCCCUAGCCCGAGAAAGUGGCCAGGUGAGGGGGGUAAUCUUGUAGCGCAAGCGCCGCGCUAUGCUUUUAGUUAGGCCUAGACUCUCGGACCAAGUAAGAGCAUACCCUGGCGCCUGGGAAAAAGGUUGCUCUGGCCCGCAAAAGUUGGCACAGGCGCCACGGCAUUCUUUUG